ACCUAUUAACCUAAAUCACCAUGCAGAAAUUCAUAGCUUUCGCCGCUCUUCUGGCUUGCGCCUCUGCGGCGCCCGGCGUCGUCCUCGCCCACUCUGCCCCCAUCGUAGCCACAGUCCACGCAGCCCCGGUAGUCCACGCUCACGCCGUUCCAGUAGUCGCUGCCAAGACCACUAUUACCAAGUCUUCUCAAGUCGUUCACCAUGGCACUCCUGUUGUCCACGCUGUCCACACUCCAGUCGUUCACGCUGCGCCCGUCGUGCACGCCGUCCACACUCCCGUAGUGCACGCCGCUCCCGUUGUCGUUAAGACCGUUCAUGCUGCUCCGGUCGUCCACGCCGUUCAUACUCCUGUUGUUCACACUGCCCCAGUCGUCAUCAAAACCGCUCCUGCUGCUAUCACCCACAGCAGUUCCUCAGUUGUCCACCACGCCCCCGUUGUGAAAACUGUCCCUAUCCUUGCCGUUCAUCAUUAAAAUAAUUAAUAAUUAUAAUUUCCUUCACAAUGAAGGUUUAGAAUAAACGAAGUACCUCCCACAGCUGAUUGUUUAAUUUAAUGUUAAUUUUGACCUUAUAGUUACUGUUUCUACUUCGAGAGAAAUUGUUUAUUUUGUUCAUUACAAUGUUCUUUACCCCUUUUAAUUGAAUUUGUUAAUUUGCUUUAAAAUAAGUCAUUGAAUUUCCGUCUGUGAAAAUGUUCAAAGGUCCUAAUUGCCCUGGGUGCUAAACAAGAUUAGUAUGAUAAAAUACCCUACUAAUAGCGUCACAGUAACUGCC